AUGUUCUCUUCGAUUAUUCACCCGUUUGCGUACUUGACCGCCCUGGGCGCACUCGCGCGGGCGGGAACUGUUACGUACGACUGGAAUGUGACUUGGGUUUGGGCAAGCCCUGAUGGCUUUGGAAGGCCCGUCAUCGGGAUCAACAACGAAUGGCCAUGCCCCCAGAUCAAUGCCACGGCGGGCGACACCGUCGUGGUCAAUCUCAACAACAAGCUUGAUAACCAGACGACUGGAUUACAUUUUCAUGGUAUGAACCAAGUGCAGACCUCCGAUAUGGACGGCCCAAGCGGUGUGACUCAGUGUCCGAUCCCGCCAAAUUCUUCCGUCAAAUAUCAGUUUACGGCGGAUGCUCCGGGAACCUAUUGGUGCGUAGACCACUCCCAUAACAUGGGGCAGUAUCCAGAUGGCUUGCGCGGCUCCCUCAUUGUGCAGGACCCAAAUGAUCCCUAUGCAGGGAAAUACGACGAGGAGCACAUACUGGCCGUUUCAGACUGUACUACCGCUGUCCAAAACAUGCUCACUCCAAACAAUACCCAAUUCAAGCCCCCGAUACCUGAUAACAUCACUGUCAACGAAGGCCAGGGCUUGCAGGUCGACUUCGUCAAAGGGAAGACGUACCGCAUUCGCAUGAUCAAUUACGCCGCAUUCGGCGCUGCCAUGGUUCACUUUGACUCGCACACCAUGAAUAUCAUCAUGAAUGACGGGGCAUAUAUCCAGAAAACAGACGCUUACCAACUGCACCUGGCGCCUGCCCAGCGGUACGACGUCUUGAUUUCGCCCAAUGAUAGCGAUAACGGGAACUACCCCUUCCUAGUAUCGCUCGACCUGAACCGGGACUGGACCAACGCGACCGAGGAGAAGACGUGGGCCCACAACUACACGGGAUAUCUUGUUAUGGACUCUACCCAACCAAUGAACAAAACCGAUGUCGUAGACGUGUGGAAUCCCGUUGACGAUGCAAGUUUCAAGCCCUACGACGGGGCGGCCGCGUACAGCGCGUACGAUAGCCUGGUCAAGCUCGAUUUCAAUUUUUGCCUCGAUCAGAACGGCUACCCUCGCUCGUGUUUCAACAACCUCACCUACAUCAGCCAGCAAGUCCCGACGCUCUACAGCGUGGCCACGACAGGCGACCAGAACACGAACCCGGUCAUCUACGGACAAGUCAACCCCUUCAUCGUCAACUACAACGAUACCGUGCAGGUGGUGGUCUACAACGCCGACAUCUCCUCGCACCCCUUCCACCUGCACGGGCACCACUUCCAGGUGCUGGAGCGGGCGGCAAGUGGUGCCGGUAACUGGUCGGGUACGGACAGCGGCUACGCGGCCAACCCGCCGAUGCGCGACACCGUGGUAGUCAUGCCCAACUCGUACGCCGUGCUGCGCUUCCGCGCCACCAACCCGGGCGUGUGGCUAUUCCACUGUCACAUCGAGUGGCACGUCGAGAUGGGCCUGACCGCCACCAUCAUCGAAGCCCCCGACCGUCUGCGGAAUAUGACCUUCCCUGACGACCACAUCGACGCCUGCAAGAAGCUCGGCACCCCCUACCAGGGCAAUGCCGCGGGGAACACGGAGAACGUGACGGAUACCAGCGACUUCGUGACCGUGCCGCCCACUACUUAUAAUGGGUACCAGCCAAUGCGUGUUGUGGAUGUGAUGCCCACGCCACGGCCACGGCCACGACCAUGUACGUACACGUACACGAGCUCGGAAGACGCGAUGGGACCGCGCCCCCCCCUGUUCCGCAGCUCAUACCCGAAGUCCUGUUACACGACGGUAAAGCUGCCCAAAAAGGACUGA